AUGUACAACACGCCAACGCUGAGCACCGCCAGUUGUUCUCCCCAGCAGCGGCUGAGCGACGUUCAGAACAUGGCCGGGAUCUCGCCGCGGAAGAGGUAUGGAGCUUCGGAGAAGCGUGAGCCUGUGGAGGUUUCUUUUGGAGUGGGAACGCGCCCGAAUAACGGCGUCACCCUCGUGGAGCCAACGGCAUACCGUCGCGCGCAGCAAAUAGGCGCGAGAUCAGAGCCCUCGGAAACAUCGCAGAGCCCGCAGCGACAGUGGCAAGUCGAGCCGCUUACCGCGAACUCGACCAAAGCCCGUCCCUGGCGCCAGCAGGUUCAGGAAAAGCCUGCGACCCUCGGGGACGACAGUAUAGCGGCCACCAGCGGGUCCGCGCGCGAUUCGCUGAGGGGCCUCGCUGCUGAGCGAGAUCGCCUCCAACGCCAGGUGCAAGAGAUGCGAAGUGAUGUGUCGAAUACCAGACAGGACCUUUCUUCGCAGCAUGCGAGGCAGAAAGUGCAAACGGAGGAAUUGCCUCCUGGCAAGCGGGGCACCCUGCAAGACCUGCAGGCAGAGGCGCAGAGACUCCAAACAGAGCAGCGGCGGCAGGCCGCAGCUCUGAAAGGCUCGCUCAAGGCGCCCGACCCCUCUGCCAACGUGCGGCUGGAGAAACAGGUGGAAGGCGUCGUGUCGAUUGUGAAGGGCCAGGAGGAGCGUUUCGAGCGGCUCGAGACUGACAUCACCUCUGCCUAUGAGUCUCAAAGGAAGCAGCUGCAGCAGGCACUUGCAGAGAACAGGCAGCUUGCCAAGGGUCUUGAAGAAGACUCGAUGAGGAGACAGAACAUGAUGGCAGAACUCAUGGAGAAGGUGACGCGCAACUCUGCAGUGAACCAGCUUUCUUCAGAGCUGGCCAAUGCGUCGACAGUGAUUCAGGGCCAGACUGCAGACUGGUCUGUGCUGUCUCGGCAGAUUCGGCAGGAGGUAACAGGCCUUGCAAGCGAGAUGAAGGCGGAUCGUGAAUCUCGCGCAUUGGAGUGCGCUUCCAACCGUGUGGAGGUUGUGAAGAUGGUUGAAGAUGCUCGUCGUCAAGGUGCCAUGGAGGCGAUGGGACUUCACGACCAGGGUGGAGUGCCAGACUUGUAUCUGCCAGCGGGCGCAGAGGCCAUGAUCUCGCGACCUGGCAUCCUGGCCGUUCACAACCUGGUAGACAUCAACUGCAAAAUCUUGCGCGACAUGGAGGACCAGCUGGUCAUCCGGGCGGGCUUCGUCGCGGGAGUCUUCCACACUUGGCGCUUCCAGGCAAAUCUGAUGAAAACCGGGCGUCAGUUCGAGGAGCAUUUCCAUGAUAUUCAAGACCAGUGGUCCGCGGAGCUGCAUGCGCACAGGCGGACUUUCGAAGAUCAGCUUGCCGCAGCCGCUGAUAAGGCAGCCGCGCACAAGGAGCACGUGCGGCAACAGCAUGAUCUGCUACUCCGGCAGUGGAUGCUCGGCGAUGCCAAAGGCAUGUACACUUCAAUUUGGAGAGCUUGGUCCGGCUAUGUGGUAAAGGAGAAAACUCGUCUGCGAAAUGCUGCCAACAUCAAAAAGGCUUGCCUCCAGUGGUGCGAGGGAAAGAACAAGGGGCUGAAGCACAGCGUCUUCUCCUCCUGGCAGCAAGAGUACAGCCUGGCUCAUCUUAAGCGCCUGCGGGACCAGGACUUGGACGAGGCCCAAGCAGAAUUUGACGCCGCCAUGAAAGCGCGCCUGGACGAGCUUGAGCAUCAUCGGCAAGGAGCGAAGAAGGCUCUGGAGAAGGCUGUUGCGAAGUGGAAGGACGGUGAACAAAAGGGGAUGGUCACCAUUUGCUUCCGAGCCCUGAAAGAAAACCGUGCGACUGCACGGGCGAAGAAGGGUAAGCACAAAUCCGUCGAAAUGGCGCUCAAGAAGUUCCUGCUGGGUAAAGAUCGCGGCGCGAAGGUGAUGUUAUGGAGCAGCUGGAAGCAGGACAUGUUGGAGUCGCGUCUUCGAGCUUCAGCGCAGAGCAAGCUUCAGGAUCAACUGGAUGCCGAGAGUGCGCGGCUGAAGGCAGAGUUCGAGAUGCAGAUGGACAAGCACGCCGGCAAGCUCGAUGCAGCUCACAGAGCCGUGGAACUGAUGUCGAGGAAGUGGCUGAAGGGCGACUGUUUGGGACUCAUCGACGAGGUCUACAACGUCUGGUCCAAGUUUGCCCUUAAGCGGGCUGAGUCGGAGAAGAAGCUGAAUUCAGUCAAGAUGUCGGUGGCCAAAUGGGCUCGUGGCGAUGCCAAGGGAGUCCUGGUGACCGUGUUCAUGGGCUGGAAGCAAGAUGCGAAAACGGCGGCGGCGGAUAGAAAGAUGGAGGAAGCCCUUUUGAAUGAGCAAGCGAAGCUGGAAGAGAUCCUGGCUGCCCAGCGCGCGGGCCGGGCUCCCAGCUUUGCGGCGCUGUGA